GUUAGGUAGUUUGGGAGAGACGUUGAAUUUUCCAAGAAAGAGAGUUAUCAGACCAAAGACAAAUAAGAAGACACGUUAUAUAUCUUGCGACCCAAGCCAAGAGCAAAAUCUAUAUAAAUCCGAGCUCCGCACGACCGACAAGGUUAUUAGCUUAUUAAUAUACCAUCUUCUUCCUUCUAAAACAACCUCUGCAAAUUUCUCAGCGUUUCUUCAUACACCAAUUGCGACAGCGAGAGCUUCAUGGCAGGAGGAACAGAAGCAUUUCCGGAUUUGGGAAGACAUUGCCAACACCCAGAUUGCCAUCAGCUUGAUUUCCUUCCGUUUAAGUGCGAUGGAUGCCGACUGGUUUUCUGUUUGGAGCACAGAAACUAUAAAUCCCACGAUUGCCCAAAAUCUGACCUCAACAGCAGAAAGGUUAUAAUCUGCAACAUCUGUUCGUCAUCCAUAGAAACGACGGGAAACAGUAAGGAAGACGAGAAGGCCAUUUUAGAAAGGCACGAGAGGUCUGGAGACUGUGAUCCAUCAAAGAACCGUAAGCCCAAGUGCCCAGUCAAGCGUUGCAAGCAGAUUCUGACCUUUUCCAAUACCAACACCUGUAAAAUCUGCAACCAGAAGGUUUGCCUGAAGCACAGAUUCCCUGCUGACCACGCCUGCAAACAGGCCGCCUCCUUCCUGGCAGCCGCUCACAGCGGAGGCUCUCCUCCCAAUCCCUUCAACAAGUUCUUAGUCGCUUUGUCUGAAAGAAAAAAUCAUGGUUGCGGUAGGAACAGUAAUUCCAAGGGAUAUUCGGACAACCCAGUUCGCUCCUCCUCAUCAGUUAAAGCCUGUUGAAUGAACAAAUUGAUAAUUAUUAUUGAUGGAUCAUUCAUUUGUGUUUGGCUCUUAGCUUUUUUUUAAUGGUUAUGUGAUGGUGAAUGGCAUGUUGCUCCACAUCCCACAUCGUCUAGGGGUGGAUGUUUGAGGAGACGAGAUUAGUUAUAAAUACAGCAUGGUUCAAUGGGGAGAGACAUCUUUGCGCUUGGGGCAAUGACGCAGCUAGUGAGGUUAUAACCGAGGCGCGUCAAUUGCCGGUUGAAAACUAUUUCCAAACCCCCUCUUUGGUCUGGGUCUCUCCCUGCCAUUGAGAAUUUCUGGAAGUUCUCCCUUCGGGGUAAAAGCCUAAAACUUAGUUCAAAACUUGUUUUGUUAUCAAUGUAGAAUAGUCUUCGUUUGUCAGUUUAAAUUCGGACAAUUAGACAAGGAAUUUUUUUAAAGUAGUUUAAAGAAGUGAAUCGAAGGAUUUUAGUUUU